GAUAUUCAACUUAUGCGUCUUUUCAACCUGAUACUAAUCAAAGUACGCGAAUUUGGCUUCGAUCAGCAGUACCUCCACGAUAUACACUAUGCCAAGCGUCCCCAACGCGAGUGGCGAUCCAAAUUGGGCCAAUCAUCUUCCUCCAGAUGUCUCGGCGUUGAAGUUCAGACAACGGCGAACGGGAAGCUCAAAUUCGGGUUUUCAAAUGCACUCGUAAUCAUCGAUGUAAACCCCAGCCUUGUUCCUUCCCCCUCUUCCAACGCAAGUUCAUGGCGACCCCCCGAUAAUCGAGCCCCGCCUUCGUCUUCGCCUUACCGUUCUCCCGAGCCACGACAUGAUCACUCUCCAGGAGGAACCAAACCGACAUCGCGAGUCGCCACCUGAUACGUCCAUUGGGUCCAGUCGACAUGGGAAACGACAAAAGCCCAAGCUCAUUCCCGAAAAACGGUCGCCUCCAACCCCCGAUCCUUCUUCGCUCAUGCAGUACGCUCUUCGUACCUUAUCAGCAAUUGGAAAUCGACGCCAUGUUUCGGGGAUUCAUGUCGACGGGAACAUGUUUCAGCUUUGGUAUUUCGAUCGUGCCGGUUCAAUCUGUUCGAGUAAGAUUAGCAUCAAGGACGAUGCAGAGCUAUUCGUUGCCUCCAUUGUGUUGUUCUCGCUUGCCAGUAAAGAGCGUCUCGGUUACGAGUCUUUCCUCGGAGCGCCUGCUGGCGUGCGGCGGCGGUCGUGGCUCACCAUCCAGAAUCACGAGGUCCAAGUGGAAGGUCAUCGUCUCAGGUUAUUAGGAACCAUUCAUUCUGCUGCAUCAUUGUAUGGGCGAGGAACGGUUGUGUAUGAAGCUGAGCCGAUGUCAGGGUUGAUGGACCCACCCAGCCGGGUGGUUGUCAAGUGCUCCUGGCAGCCUGUAUCGAAGCAUUCGGAAGAUGAGCUUUAUCGCCUAGCCAGUCAACGAGGGGUGAAGGGUUUGGUGACUCUUCACGCCUCAUGUACAGCUUCCUCACUGUCCGAGGGCGUACGCGGUGAUCUCUGUGGAAUUCAGUUCUAUCAGGACCGCGAGUUGCGAGUACAGGUAUUGAGUCCAUUCUGUAUACCACUUUAUACGGUAAAGGAUUCGGAUGCGUUCCGAGCGGCCUUCAUCUCAUUAGUGGAAGGUUCAUGCUCUCUUAUGCCAUCCUUCACCCGCAAGCUUACGAUCUCAUCUAGCACACCAUGAACUCUACGAAAAGGCCGGCAUAUUGCAUCGCGACAUAAGUUUCAACAAUCUGAUGGUUGACUUUAGCGACCAAACCAGAGGGAUCCUCAUCGACCUCGACAUGGCAGUACGGGAUCGAAAUCCCGAUACCGGA